GGUCGGGGAGGACGGAAAGUGUCAUCUGCUAUUUCGUUAAAGUACCGAGCGUUUUAGAGUAUGUUUUGUUUACAUAUUUAAAGCGUAAGGCUAUAUUUAUUUUAGACCCCAAUCAUAAUUAAGUCUACUAAACAGCUCUAGGCGAUAAAGUUAUGGAUACGAGCUAACGUUCGCUACCUUCAUGUCUUUCAGUCAGUUUCAGUUGUCAGAAGUUGGCUAGCUUCUACGUAGCUAACGUGAGAGAGGACAGGCUGCGGUGGGUUGUGGCCAACCAGGAAAAAAACAUCACGUCUGUCGAGCUGCGUGAGCUGUUGUUUUGGAGGAGAGGAGCUGUUUAAGAUAAACAACCAUGGAUCCGUUUGACAGCAACAUUUCAGAUCGAGCUAACCUUCCAAGAAACAUGAUUGAGAACAGCAUGUUCGAAGAAGAGCCUGAUGUGGUGGAUUUGGCCAAAGACUCCACUGCGUUUCCAACGUUUCCUGCUCUUGACCCGGAUGAGGUGGCGUAUGAGCCUCGUAGCUCGCGGCUGCUCGUGCGAGGGCUGGGAGAGAACGACAUGGACGAGGAUGAGGAGGACUGCGAGUCCUCAGCCCGUCUGCUGGGCAUGUCCUUCAUGAACCGCAGCUCUGCUAACAGACCCAGCUCUUCACCUUACGCCAGGCAGCUUCCACCAAGGUCAUGUUCCCGACCCUCAGCCCGAACCACGGUUGUAUGUGUGUUAUUGCUGGUGGUAGUGGCCUCUAUGACCAUGGUACUGUACUUCUUACCUGGAUGCACCUUUACCAAGACGGGUUGUCGAAAGGCCAACCAGACCACCCCCUUAGUGCCAGUCAACCCCGCGUCUUCCAGUGGCGAACCGUUUCCAUGGAACAGCUACCGGCUGCCUCAGAGCGUACAUCCUCUGAGCUAUGAGGUCACCCUGAACCCUAACCUUGAGGACAUGACCUUCACCGGCUACACCGUCAUCAACUUGUCUGUGCAGCACAACACCAAGCGCAUCGUCCUGCACAGCGCCAAACUCAACAUCACCGGAGCUACCUUCAAGCUGGGUGAAGGGGUCUCCAAAGCUGUGACUGUCCUGGAGUACCUCCCCAGGCAGCAGAUAGCUGUUCAGUUCUCUGAGGAUCUGAAGGCAGGCCAGUCCUGUGUUUUGACCCUGGAGUACUCUGCAAACCUCUCACACUCCUACGAUGGUUUCUACAACAGCUCAUACACCGAUAAAGAUGGAAACAAAAGGGUCUUAGCAGCAACCCAGUUUGAGCCACUGUCAGCGAGGAAAGCCUUUCCGUGCUUUGAUGAACCAGCUUUCAAAGCCACCUUCCUUAUCAAAAUCAGCAGAAAAACAGACUUCAUGACUCUUUCCAACAUGCCUUUGGCUAAAAGCACACCACUUGUCAAUGGCCUCAUACAAGAUGAGUUUGAAAAGACCAGUGUCAACAUGAGCACCUACCUGGUGGCCUUCAUCGUUGCUAACUUCGCCUCCAUGACUAAAAAUGUCUCAAACACGCUGGUGUCUGUGUACUCUGUGCCAGAGAAGAAGGAGCAUACUGACUAUGCUCUGGAAACAUGCUCCAAACUGCUGGAGUUCUACAACGGCUUCUUUGAAAUUAACUACCCACUUAAAAAACUAGACUUGGUAGCCAUCCCUGACUUCCUGGCAGGAGCCAUGGAGAACUGGGGCCUGAUCACUUUCAGAGAGACCAGCCUGCUGGUGGGACAGAAUUCCUCUCCUCUGGAAAAACAAGUCGUUGCCUCUGUGGUAGCGCAUGAGCUCGCCCAUCAGUGGUUUGGAAACUUGGUGACGAUGAGCUGGUGGAAUGACCUGUGGCUCAACGAAGGCUUUGCCACCUACAUGCAGUACAUGUCGCUGCAGGCCGUGAUGCCCAAGCUGGACAUCGGUAAUUUGUUCCUGGCCGUCCGCUUCAGAGCCUUGGACAAAGACGCGCUGAAUUCCUCCCACGCUGUGUCCACCGAGGUUAACGAGCCGGAGCAGGUGGAGGAGAUGUUUGACUCCGUGUCCUAUGAGAAG